AUGUCGGGGGAAAAGCGACCUGCGCAAGAAGCCUUUGGCUCAUCGAACCAGCUUGUCGUCAAGCGAAAGAAGUCCGACGCCGGUCUCAAUGAUAGCACAGCCAUCGUCCAGAGCUCGUCGCAAAAUGGAGCUCUGAUUCAAUCAGUUCCCCGCACCAGCGGGCUUCAAGCACCGAUUAUGGAAAUGAAUGGUCAUUCUGGUGAAAUCUUUUCGGUGCGGUUUGAUCCCACUGCUCAGCACAUUGCUUCGGGCUCAAUGGAUAGAUCUAUCUUGCUUUGGAACACAUACGGACAAUGCGAAAACUAUGGUGCGCUAUCAGGUCAUCGGGGAGCAGUUCUUGAUCUUCAAUGGUCGCGCGACUCCAGAACGUUAUUUUCCGCAUCGGCCGACAUGACGCUCGCUAGUUGGGAUCUCGAGACCGGACAAAGGAUACGCCGGCACAUUGGGCACGAGGAGAUUAUCAAUUGUCUUGACAUAAGCAAAAGAGGCCAGGAAUUGCUGGUUAGCGCAAGUGACGACGGCUGCAUAGGAAUCUGGGAUCCCCGGCAAAAGGAUGCCAUCGAAUACCUGGAAACCGAGUUGCCCAUCACGGCAGUGGCGCUUUCGGAGGCGGGUAACGAAAUCUACAGUGGUGGUAUCGAUAACACUAUUCAUGCUUGGGAUCUACGGAAGAAGGGCAUCGUCUACUCCAUGGCGGGCCACACGGAAACCAUCACCUCGCUCGAAAUUUCGCCCGACUCGCAAACUCUUCUUUCCAACUCACACGACUCGACUGUACGCACGUGGGACAUCCGGCCAUUCGCACCGGCCAACCGACACGUCAGGACAUUUGACGGGGCGCCGGUCGGUCUGGAGAAGAACCUUAUCCGGGCCAGUUGGGACCCAAGUGGAGAGAAGAUUGCGGCGGGCAGCGGUGACAGAAGUGUCGUAGUCUGGAACUCGAAGUCCGGCAAAAUCCUAUACAAGCUCCCUGGACACAAGGGGACCGUCAAUGACGUCCGGUUCUCACCAAACAAUGAGCCCAUCAUUGUCUCGGGAUCGUCCGAUAGAACGCUCAUGCUCGGUGAACUUGGCAAGUGA